AUGCCUCCUCCACGGAUCCAAGUCCCUGGAAGGGACAAUGACGCGCUCGCUGCGCCGACGGCGCACAUGGCUACAACGACGCUGAAGGUGGAAGGGAUGACUUGUGGCGCAUGCACCUCGUCAGUUGAAGCAGGCUUCAAGGGCGUUGACGGCGUCGGCAGCGUCUCUGUCAGCUUGGUCAUGGAGCGAGCCGUCGUGAUGCACGAUCCCCAGAAAAUAUCCGCCGACCGGAUACGAGAGAUCAUCGAGGACCGUGGAUUUGACGCUGAGGUCUUGUCGACCGACCUACCUUCACCAAUCGCCCCGCGUCCCUCGUUUGGCGCCUUCUCCAUUGACGAUGGUCAACCCAUGAUGGUUACGACAGUGGCGAUAACGGGCAUGACUUGUGGUGCUUGCACUUCCGCGAUAGAGAGCGGUUUCAAGGAUGUGGCAGGCGUAAAACACUUUAGCAUAUCCCUCUUGUCGGAACGAGCUGUCAUCGAGCACGACCCGGCGCUCCUGGCUGCCGAGGCCAUCUGUGAGAUCAUUGAGGACCGAGGUUUUGACGCCGAGAUCGUGGAAAGCAGCGUGAAGCAACCGGAGGCCAAAGCUGGUUUCGAAGGCGUGAAUACCGCUUCUACAACCGCCACCACAACUGUUGCAAUAGAUGGUAUGACUUGCGGGGCUUGCACAUCAGCCGUUGAAGAAGGGUUCAAAAACGUCAACGGUGUCCUGCGUUUCAAUAUCAGCUUGCUUGCAGAACGGGCAGUCAUCGCACACGAUCCCGCCAAACUCCCGGCGGAAAAGAUAGUCGAGAUCAUCGAGGAUAGGGGGUUUGACGCCAAGAUCAUUUCAACGACUCUCGAUUCUAUGGAUCACUCCAGUGGUAGCUCGACGGCGCAAUUCAAAAUAUAUGGAAACCUUGAUGCCGCCGCCGCUACGGCUCUCGAGGAAAAGCUUGCCGCACUUCCCGGAGUCAACAGCGCAAAACUUUCCCUGAGCACGUCUCGGCUGACCGUCGUGCACCUGCCCAACGUGACUGGUCUGCGGGCCAUUGUCGAAACUGUGGAGACCGCUGGCUUCAAUGCUCUGGUCGCCGACAAUGACGACAACAACGCUCAGCUGGAGUCUCUCGCAAAGACUCGCGAAAUCAACGAAUGGAGGGUGGCUUUCACGGUUUCGCUCUCCUUUGCCAUCCCCGUGUUCCUCAUUAGCAUGUUGAUCCCCAUGUGUUUGCCGGCUUUGGAUUUCGGCUCGAUCAGAAUCAUCCCUGGCCUCUACGUCGGCGAUGUUACUUGCUUGGCGCUUACCGUACCCGUGCAAUUCGGCAUUGGAAAGCGGUUCUACAUAUCGGCAUGGAAGUCUGUUAAACAUGGAUCGCCAACCAUGGAUGUCUUGGUCGUUUUGGGCACAUCCUGCGCAUUCUUUUUCAGCAUCAUUGCCAUGCUCGUCUCUAUCCUGUUUCCUCCUCACUCGAGGCCGAGCACACUCUUUGACACGAGCACCAUGCUCAUCACUUUCAUUACGCUUGGGCGCUUCUUGGAAAACCGUGCCAAGGGCCAAACCUCCAAGGCGCUCUCCCGGUUGAUGUCCCUUGCUCCGUCAAUGGCCACAAUCUAUGCGGAUCCCAUCGCUGCCGAGAAAGCCGCCGAGGAAUGGGAUAAUGAGACCAAACAGGAAGAUUUGGCUGCGCCCCAGGAUGGCAAUGCCGCCGAAGAGAAAGUGAUCCCUACCGAGCUCAUUCAAGUGGGAGAUAUUGCAAUCCUUCGGCCAGGAGAUAAGAUUCCUGCCGACGGUGUACUGGUCAGGGGGGAAACGUAUGUGGAUGAAAGCAUGGUUACCGGCGAAGCUAUGCCAGUUCAAAAGUCCAAGGGUAGCUUCUUGAUUGGCGGCACUGUCAACGGCCAUGGCCGAGUCGACUUCCGCGUCACGCGAGCCGGGCGCGACACCCAGCUUAGCCAGAUCGUCAAGCUUGUGCAAGACGCGCAGACAAACCGCGCUCCUAUUCAGCGGCUGGCCGAUGUCCUUGCAGGGUACUUUGUCCCAACAAUCCUGUUUCUUGGCCUACUGACCUUCUGCGUCUGGAUGAUUCUGAGCCACGUUCUGCCAAACCCUCCUAAAAUCUUUCUGGAGGAGUCUAGUGGCGGCAAGCUCAUGGUGUGCGUCAAGCUCUGCAUAUCUGUCAUUGUCUUCGCGUGCCCAUGCGCCCUUGGUCUGGCUACGCCUACCGCUGUGAUGGUCGGAACGGGCGUCGGCGCAGAAAACGGCAUCCUCGUUAAGGGUGGAGCAGCCCUGGAAACAACGACCAAGAUCACCCAGGUUGUACUCGACAAGACGGGCACUAUCACGUUUGGCAAAAUGAACGUCGCCAAGGCCAAUAUUGUCCCGGUCUGGAAGGACAACGACUGGCGUCGGCGGCUGUGGUGGAGUCUCGUUGGUCUCGCCGAGAUGGGAAGCGAGCACCCCCUCGGCAAAGCCGUACUCCGUGCUGCAAAGACGGAGCUUGGCCUUAGCCCCGAAGGAACCAUUGAAGGCAGCAUUGGCGAUUUUACCGCAGUCGUCGGCAAGGGCAUCAGCGCGCAUGUCGAGCCAGCUACCACCGGCGAGAGGAAGCGGUACAAAGUUCUGAUCGGGAACGUGAGCUUCCUCCGGGAGCACGACGUCAAUGUCCCCGAAACAGCCGUCGCAGCUUCCGAACAAAUAAAUGAAGCCGCUGCCGCUGCCAUCACAACCGGCCGCGCCUCCUCAUCCAAACCCCCCGCCGGAACAACAAACAUUUUCAUUGCUAUCGAUGGCGUCUACUCGGGCCACCUCUGCCUCUCGGACACCAUCAAACCCGGCGCGGCCGCGGCUAUCGCCGUGCUCCACCGCAUGGGCGUCAAAACGGCCAUGGUGACGGGCGAUCAGCGCAGCACGGCGCUAGCCGUCGCCGCAGCGGUCGGCAUUGACGCCGACGACGUGUACGCGGGGGUCUCGCCGGACCAGAAACAGUCCAUCGUCCGCAAGCUGCAAGACGCGUCGCCCAAGUCCGUGGUGGCCAUGGUGGGCGACGGCAUCAACGACUCGCCGGCGCUGGCCACGGCCGAUGUGGGCAUCGCCAUGAGCUCGGGCACCGACGUCGCCAUGGAGGCCGCCGACGUCGUCCUCAUGCGCCCGGACCGCCUCAUGGACAUCCCCGCCGCCCUCCACCUCGCCAGGACCAUUUUUGGCCGCAUCAAGAUGAACCUUGCCUGGGCGUGCAUGUACAACGCCGUUGGCCUGCCUUUUGCCAUGGGCGUUUUCCUUCCCCUCGGCUGGCAUCUCCAUCCCAUGGCUGCCGGUGCCGCUAUGGCGGCGAGCAGCGUCAGUGUCGUGGUCAGCAGCUUGUUCUUGAAGUGGUGGAGGAGGCCGGCGUGGAUGGAUGAGAAGUUGUACGAUGCCAAGGGGAUGCCUGUACACAGCCGCGGCGCCGGGUGGAGUGUGGUUGGCGGUGUCAGGGAGUUUGGCGAGAAAGUCUGGGAGGUGUUUGGGGGCAGUAGGAAGAGAGAUGAGGGAUACGUGCCGCUUGCGACGCUUGAUGGUGGGGAGUCGGCGGUUUGA